CAUAGCUGAAUGGGAAAAUAAGGAAGCAUACAAAGCCUGUUCUCUGCACCUUACAACAACUCCCCUGAUCUUCAGGGUUACUCUGGAUUGCUCUUAUAACAGAUCUUUUUUUUUUUUUUUUUUAAGAACUGUUUAACCCACCUAACCCUCUGCUAUCUCUGCCUCCAGCCCUCUUUCAAAUCAUUCGAGGAGAGGUAGCUAAAAUCUCCGUCUAAUCCAUUUGCCAGUAUACAGGGGCCAGAUACCUGGGUAGAUCUCUGAGAAAAGAGGUGUUGAGUUGAUUCUGCUAAAAUGAAUCCUGCAGCUACUGCCUGAGUGCUUUGCUUCUCCCCAAACGAAUGGGCUUUUCCCCCCCUGGCUGCAUGGAGACUCUCGCUCGGUCGCUCCAGGCGGAGUUUUCAAUCCCCUGAGGACGGAUAUCAUUCUCCGGCGAGGAAAAAUCCACCGCUUUCUCUCUCUCUCUCUCACACACACAGAGUCUCAGACAGAUACGCACACACCCCCAGCAUCUGGGCACCCGCUUGCUUCCCUCUAGCAUCUGUAGCUUUGCCUGCAAUUUCUUUAUAGAACAGUGCUGAGCCGGAAGGCUAUUUUUUAUUACAUCUCUUUUUUUUUUUUUUUUUGCACAUCUGGCUGCACCUUACAGGCCCCCCCCCCGCCCCCCAUGCGCUGGAAUAGAAACCUAUUUCCAAAGAUCAGGAUCCCCCAGCCCGCUUCCAGUUCAGAGAGGGGUACCGUAAAAACAGGAGCUGCUGUGAUGCCUGCUUUUGAAGAAAUCGUAGCUGGUUUCUCUCUCUUUCUGUCUCUUUCCCCUCUCCAGUUCCAGGACUUUGAGUAGACGCAGAAAGACGCAACUGACUAAAGAGUAAACGGCCUUGUCAGGGCGCUGUCCCCCGUCAGCUGCAUCGUCCAUCGAGGCUGCCCACUCCCCCAGUCCUGCUCCAUGCGCCGCCGUUGUGUUUUCAGUCUGACUUUAGAUGAUACGAUGAAUCCAGUGGCCCGCUUGAGAGAGAGAGACAGCUGAUGAGCAAGUGGCCACAUGAUUAUGCAGACACCCCACCAUGCCUCUAGUAGACUGGUACCUCCGCCACUCGGUUACCAUGUGGCUGCUGCUCCAGAGCUUUGUCCUGAUGACCUUUUGUUUCCAUCCGGCCACUACCUUUCCUAAGGGCUGCUACCAUGCAGAAGAGGACGGUUAUAAAACCUUCCGGUGCAGCAAAGCUCAGCUCACAGAGGUCCCUAAGGACAUACCCAACGACACUAACAAGCUCUACCUGGAUUUCAACCAGAUUGCCUUCCUCCCCGUUGACGCCUUUCGGAACCUGCCGGUCCUGCUGGAGCUCGAUCUGUCUCACAAUGCCAUUGUCAGGAUAGAAAGUGGGGCUUUCCGGGGCUUGUCGGAGCACUUGCAUUCCCUGGAUUUGUCCUCAAACAAGCUGGUGUCGGUCAAUAAGGAUGUCUUUAGCAAUCUGAAGGCCAAGGUCAAUCUCUCCAGCAACCCUUGGCUGUGCGACUGCAGGCUCCAGGAGCUGAUCAGGACAGUGGACCUGGUUGCUGGGUCCUCUGGGAGCAUUGUUUGCGACUCCUCUACUAAGGAGGAACACAUUGGCAAGCCCUUCCUGCAAGUGGUCACAGACAUGGACUUCUGCAGUGUUUACAAAAAGACCACGGACAUAGCCAUGCUGGUCACCAUGUUCGGCUGGUUCGCCAUGGUGAUCUCCUACCUGGUCUACUAUGUCCGGCAGAACCAAGAAGACGCCCGUCGGCACCUUGAGUACCUGAAGUCCUUGCCCAGCAAGCAGAGGAAGUCAGAAGAGUCCUCCACCAUCAGCACCGUGGUGUGACUGAAAAACCGCUUCCUCCUGCUGCAACUCCAGCAAACGUAGGACCCCUGGGGGAGUUCGUGGAAAGACCCCUGCUGAGUUUCAUGGGUAUUCAAUCAGCUCCAUAGACACACAAUGUUAGUUAACAACAACAACAACAUUAGUUUUGACCUUUGGAAAAUAAACAGAUGGUUUCAGGAGACGCAGCCCCGCGUGUUCAGAACAAAACAGGAGCAGGGAAGGCUUGGCCUCUAUCCACAAUUCUGCAGAACAAGAGCCAACAGGGCUGUGAUCUACAGCAAUUAGUGAGGGCUCAGUGAAGCCACGAGGGAUUUGGGCAUCUGUUUAUUGUGUUGAAUAACAGAGGGAAAAGAAAAGAAACCCAGUGUGUCUCCUCAAGCAUACAGUAAUUACGCAAAUGAUUCCCCUUUCAGACGUUAAACUUAAUUUUAAAAGAAUUUUAUAUACUUUACAGGACUCCAUUAAGGUGUUAAAAAAAAUCUGUGGUUCAGACACUCUCUGUCUACUUCCUUCACUCUCAGGAAGGGAUGUUUCCAGCAACCUGGUGAUGCCCCAAGAAGACACUGCAGAGUCUCAGAGAACAGUGUUGUACCCUUACUAUAUAGUCCUCCUGGCUUUUGCGGAAUAUUGGGAAUACUGGGUAUCACGUCAAACUAAAGAGAUUAAAGCAAAUCCCAACUGCUGGAGGGUGGUAUGAGCUAACCCCUCAUAGGAUCUUGAGUUAAAAACCUGCCCCUUCUUCCAUCAGAGGGCCAGUAAGGUCAGUGAGAGCUGAAGAUGCUCUGCACCUCAUAAAUUUGGUCCCUAACAGAGAUAUGAGGCAGAAAGGGAUUUUAUCAUUAGAGAUGGAUGAGUCUGUUAGGAUAAAAUAAAAUCCAUCUCCGUGCCCCUAAAAUAUCCCCCUCUUUUAGAAACAAAUCUGAAAUGAGCUUUUUGAGGUUCUGAAAUGUUUACUUCACUUCUGCUCGCUGGGACUAGAAAAGUCAAAAUGCGAGCCAUCCUCAGAGUUUUUCCAGCCACAACAACACAUGCUGGGAUUCUGCUGAGAGAGCCCUUCCCCUGAGAUUGUCCAUAGACCUGGAGGGUCCCCCCGGGGUCUCAGUCAUAGGUAGGAUAUAAGAUAUACACAUAGCAGGUCCAGCCACUAGAUGGAGGACUUUGUGAAUUGGGAAAAAGUCGUGCUCCAGUGUCUCUCUCCAGCACUGGAACAUGUAAAGGAAGGGACACACCUUCUGGCAUGAGAGAAUCUUCUCAUUUGCAGUAAGGGCUCUACACCAGAGGUGUGACUAGCAUUCAAUGGCUGAGCCUCAAUCUUACUUCCCUGCCCCAAUCACAUGAACUGAUUUAUAAUGUAUUUGGGGGUAGGGCUCUCUGUAGCUUAAACAUUUACAAGUCAGCCUGCUUCGGCCCAAACCACUCAGCUGGCUCAAUAUGUAGGACCCUUUGGGUCUCCUACUUUCCCAGUGGAUACUGGUCAUGGCCAGAAGGCAUUGCCUUGAAGUGGGGAGUUUCCUCACCAUCUUGUAUCUAACUGCCUCCAGAAGAGAGGACUUUGGUCAUCAUGUUUACUUUAGGACUCACAAGUUUGUCGACCUAUCACUGUGACAUGUUGGGAGAAAAAAGGAUGUGAUGGGUUAGAGUGAAGCCACAGCUAAGUUUCUUUCUUCUUCUUCUCUUUCUGUCUCUCUCUCUCCUCUGUUGGCAAGUGGCCUCAUCCCUCACCCUCACCAAAAACCCCAACAUCUCCUCUCUAUGUUUCCAGUAUUGGGGCAUAGAAUCCCCCCCAGCCCCAUGUUCAGAAACAAUAUUUGAAUAUCCAAUAAUUAGAGAGGGGCCUGAACCACUAAAUUUUGGAACUUGAUUGAACUAUCUCCAAGGUUUGGGGGUGUUUGGAUCAGAGGUUUUGGGAUGACCUUUGAUGGAGGACAGCUGCAAAGUCUGAAUCAAGAUUCAUCUGCUGUUUAAAGAAAGAAAAGCCAACCGGAACCAGAAUCUUAAAAUUUAACAGCUGGAUCUACCUCUGGCCCAGGACGAAAAGGCUGCAAAGCUGUUUUGUUUUGUUGCAUCCAGUCUAAACGGACUAAAGAUAAAUUGCCUGAAUCUGUCAAGGUCAUGAAUCAAAGCUCUUUGAACUCAAUCUUUCCUUUGAUUUGAGUGGGUUUUGGAUCAGGCCCCAAGUCUCUCUCCUUGCUUGUGUAGUUCUGACAGCAACCAACCAUUAUAUUAUAUUACUAUUAGAGAUGAUCCUACUGCAGAAAAACCUGGAUUCAAAUCCUAAUGAUGAACUGACCUCUCACAACAUUUUGGGGGUGUUUAGAUGUUAGGUCUAGGUUCAGGUCCCUCCCUGACAAGCAUGAGACCAAAUUAUCCAGAAUCAUCAAAAACAACAUUUGAGUAGCGGGGGAGGGGAAGUUGGUGAAAUCUCCAAAUGAUCUGGAAGAGAUUUAGAGGUGGGAAGCAGCGAAAGUUCACUUGGUGCUCAUGAGAAAAUCUGAUGUCCCAUGCACAAAUGCCCUCAGAGCUGCUCAGAUAUAUUCAGAAGUGCCUACUUUCCAAACAUCUGCAGGGUUCCUGCAUCAUGCACAAACACCUUUUGACUCUGUCUGAUGCCACUUUUGUGCAUUGACAGUGAAGAUCGUUUAACAAGUUUUCCCUUUACAAAUCUAUCUGAUGUGCUGGAAAAUGGAAGGCUGAAAGCAGCUAAUUCAAUGACCUGGGUUGUCCAGAUGUCCACAUUAAAACCAAAUGUGAAUUAAUGAACUGCAUAUUUCCCCCCCUGCCAUCAAUCCCC